AUGUGUGCGAAAAAGCUCAAGUAUGCUGCCGGAGAUGACUUUGUACGUUACGCAACGCCUAAAGAGGCCAUGGAAGAAACCCGACGUGAAUUUGACAAAGAGAGACAAAGGCAACAACAAAUGAAAGCCGCUCCACCACCACCACCACCACCGUCUAACACUAGAAUCCAUUCGGCUCCAAUUCCUCUCCAAAAUCAGUACCUCAAAAACCGGGUUGAGAGCGGACACCAAUCUUACGGCUCUCCCCAAAAUUACUCUCCUAGACAUACGAAAGUACCUAUUGAUCCUAGAUAUAAUAACACGGUACAGAAACCGGCCAGUAGGCCUAUCCCCCCACAACCGAAGCAUUAUAACAGUGCAGCCUCAUCCUCUCUACGCAUAGCCUCCCCUGCAUCAGUGCAUAACCCACAAGUACCGGCCUCAACUGCUCCUUUUGAUAGUAAAGAAGAUCUGAGAGAUAUGCAGGUAGCCGUUCAGCUGUUUCACAACCAUGACAUUAAGGGCAAAAAUCGACUGACAGCAGAAGAGUUACAAAACUUAUUACAAAACGAUGACAAUUCUCAUUUUUGUAUAUCAUCAGUGGAUGCCCUAAUAAAUCUAUUUGGUGCUUCAAGGUUUGGCACUGUGAACCAGGCGGAAUUCAUCUCUUUAUACAAACGAGUGAAGAGUUGGAGAAAAAUCUAUGUGGAUAACGACAUCAAUGGAUCACUCACCAUUUCUGUAAGUGAAUUUCAUAAUUCACUUCAAGAAUUGGGUUAUCUGAUACCUUUUGAAGUCAGUGAGAAAACAUUUGAUCAGUAUGCUGAGUUUAUAAAUAGAAGCGGGACAGGCAAAGAACUAAAAUUCGACAAGUUUGUGGAGGCAUUAGUUUGGCUAAUGAGAUUAACAAAAUUAUUUAGGAAGUUCGAUACUAAUCAAGAAGGUAUUGCAACCAUACAAUACAAAGAUUUUAUCGAUUCUACAUUGUAUUUGGGCCGUUUCUUACCACACUGA